AUGGUCUGCGCCAAUGACAUAUUUCGUAACGAGCUGCUCCCGACUCUGAAGAUCAGCAUCCACGUAUCUCUUGCAAGCGAGUAUCCGCUACGUCCGGGCGGCCACGCGCAAAUGAUCUUCAAGUUCCAUCAUAUCGAUUUGGGUGAAGGCUUCGAGACUGCACAGUUUUCUCUCCAAUGCGUGGAACCCAGCACCCGUAGGGAGCGAGCUCUGGUCAAAUUGCAUCAGUCUGUUCAGGCAGAUGCAUUGACUGAUUGGCAAGUCUUCCAAAUGUGCUUGCCGCCUGGUGAAUUUGUGAGCCUACACGGGCGAGCAUGGCACGGGUUUGGCAAUGGAUGCAUUGAUUCUGGCGCUGGGGGCGAUACUUUGAAACUGGACUGGCGAAAGCUUGUGUCCGCAUACCUUGCGAGAUCUUUCGAUGAGUUCGUGACAAGUAUCUGA